AUGGGGACUGCGUACCAUGCGGAGGAGGAUCUGUUGAUCCUGCGGUGCCAUGUGAGCAAGAGAUCUCGAGAGCGAGUCCAACUGGCGAGGGCGCCGACGAUUCAUGACCAUGCAGAUUCCCUGGAACCGCAGGCGGUGGCCAUGGAUGUCGACAGCCCUGAAGAGUCAAGUGGCGUAGGAUGCGCAUCGCCAACCUCUGAACUCGGUGGUGAAGCUGUGAUACUCGAAGAAGAUGCGGGCAAAGGAGUGGACCAGGCCUCCGAAGCGUUGUGGCACGCUCGGAUGGGACAUUUGAACCGGGGCGACUUGAGGGUGGUCCUCCGGCAGACCGGCACUCCGUACCGACCGCUGACGCAGGCGCAGCUGCAGGCAACGCCGCAGUGCCCGGCGUGUAUGUCGGGUAAGCAGCAUCAGAAGAGGAACUCCCGCGCAAGACGGCCACGUCUGCAUUCAAGAAGAAUUUUCGAAUUGAUCCAUUCGGACAUCAUGGAGAUGCCGAUUGCCAAAGAUGUCUCCAGAAGAUUCCUCACCGACAAUGGAAGAGAAUAUCUGCCGAUCGGAACACACCUCGAAAGCCAGGGAGUUGAGUUCGACACCUCGCCGCCAUACUGCAAAGGACAGAAUGGGCUGGCCGAACGCACGAAUCGCACUAUCCGGGAGCGGAUCAACACGCUCCUGUCCGAUGCGAACCUUCCUCCUUCCUGGUGGGUCGAGCUUGUCGACACGGUGGUCUAUCUGAAGAUGCGUGCGCCAGCAUCGAUCCUACAGAAGAAGACCCCGUUUGAAGUGAUUUAUGGGAAGCCACCGGCGCUCCUGCAUCUGCGACGGAUCGGCUCCCCUGCCUGGGUUUUGAUCCCAAAGGAGCAUCGAGCCAAACUCGGGCCGCGAUCGUCCGAGUGCCGCCUACUGGGCUACUGUGAGCCGAACCAGUACAAACUGUACGAAAUUCAUUCUGGAAAGACAGUCUUCUCCCGCGAUGUCGACUUCGAUGAGCGGACCCCUGUGGCGCCACUCAUCGAGGGGGAAACAGGCAACGACCUUCCGGAUAAUACUCCUCCAUCGCCCGUCUUUUCAUCAAUUCCACGCUUAGCUAGCGGGCUGCCAACGCCUCCUGCAUCGCCAUUAUCUCCGUCGAAUGACCAAAUGAAAAUGCCCGAGGAGAUCCCUCCAGUGGUCAAUCCGACUGAACAAGGACUUGAUGUGACCUCGGAUCUUGGGUACUCAAUCUACGGUCGCCGACGAAGACCGUCGCGGCGUCUUCUGGAAUCACUCGGUAAAGUAUACUCGGCAGGCGCAUUGAAAGCAUGCCCGGACAGACGAGUCGAUCCGGUGACCUUUGGCGAAGCUGUGUCAGGCUCAGACCAGCUGGACUGGUGGGCCGCUAUCCAGAAAGAAUAUUCUUCGCUUCUUGAACACGGAACAUGGGAAAAGAUUCGACGAGAAGAGGUUCCGGCUAGUGACCAUGUGAUUGGCUGCAAGUGGGUCUUCAAGACCAAAGCUAACGGAACGCGUAAAGCGCGUUUGGUCAUCAAAGGCUAUCGGCAGCAACAGGGCAUCGACUUUCAUGAAACGUUUGCGGCGGUGUCCAGGAUGGACUCGGUCCGCUGCAUCGUCGCCAGCGCCGUGCUGCGUGGAUGGAAACUCCACCAAUUCGAUGCGGUCACCGCAUUUCUCCAUGGAGACAUUGACUCCUCUAUCUAUAUGGAGCUGCCAGAAGGCUUUGAAGAGCCAGGAUACGUGUGUCGACUGCGCCGCUCAAUGUAUGGACUGAAGCAGGCUCCGCGGAUUUGGUACCAAUGCGUCCGCCGCGUCCUGUCUUCUCAUGGAUUCACCAUGGCCCAGUCGGACAAUUGUGUGUUCUACAAGCCAGACUGCGUUGUCUGUGUCUAUGUCGACGACUUUCUUGUUGCGGCAGCAAACAAACACAAAAUCGACCAAGUGCAGCAAGCAUUGCAAGCGGAGUUCCAGCUCAAUGAUCUGGGCAUCCCACAAUCAUUUCUCGGGAUCCAGUUUGACCACCAGGUUGACGGAUCUGUAUCUAUUCACCAACACCAGUACAUCCAGAAGGUGCUGUCGGAUUUUGGUAUGGAGAACUGUCAGCCGAAGUCUACGCCGAUGAACCCUAAGCAAAGCCUGAAUUCUCGCGCAGAGGAGGAACCUCCGGAUGAAGAAGCAAAAGCUCGCUACGCGACUGCUAUCGGCUCGCUCAUGUAUUUGAUGGUUGGCACGCGACCAGACAUCGCGUUUGCGCUAGGAAUGUUGAGUCGCUUCACAUCCCGACCGCAAUCUCAUCAUCAAGUCGCCCUUCAACGGCUGCUACGCUACAUCACAGCCACACAAUCAUACCGGAUCACCUACCGCAGCGGGCAAUUAAUUGGAUACACAGAUGCCGAUUUUGGUGGCUCUGUCGUCACUGACGGUGCCUACUCAACAUCUGGCUAUGUCUUCCAACUUGCAGGCGCGCCAGUUUCCUGGUCUUCUAAGAGACAGGGGGAAGUGGCCACAUCUACAACCCACGCCGAGUAUAUCGGACAGUACAAUGCUAUUCUGCAUUUACAGUGGCUUCGCACCUUUCUGGCUGAAACUCACCUGUACCGCUCUCCAGUCACCAACAUCAUGGCUGACAAUCAGUCUGCCAUUGCUCUCUCUCGCAAUCCCGAGUUCCAUAAACGAACGAAACACUUCAAUGUCAAGUUCCACUACCAGCGCGCCGUGCUGGAUGCUGGCGAGAUUGGGCAUCAGUAUGUUCCGACCGAGGAACAGGCCGCGGAUGGUCUCACCAAGCCAUUGGGGCCUACGGCCUUUCUCAAGUUUUGUAGUCUCCUAGGAGUGGAUGCUUCGGAGACUGUGAUAAAACGCGCGACAGCGCAGGCGCUCUUUCCGCUGUAUUUUCCCACGAAGCUUUUUUAUUGA